AUGAGGACCACCACUGCCUUCGCCGUCGCCGGCUUCCUCACUGCUAGCGCUUCUGCGCAGGACUCGGCGGCCACCUGCGCCACCGGCAUUCACCUCAUCGUGGCUCGCGGCAGCAACGAGCCCGCUGGGGUCGGUAGGAUCGGCUCCGUCGCCAAUGGCGUCGUGGCAUCCAUCCCGGGGUCGCAGAUUGAGGCCAUCAACUACCCCGCGACUUUUGACAACUACUCCACCUCGGUCGCGGCUGGUGCCGAGGCCAUGAAAAUCGCCUUGACGCAAUAUAGCUCGCAGUGCCCAAACUCCAAGAUCGCACUGCUGGGCUAUUCCCAGGGCGCCCAAGUUGUAGGCGAUACCUUGUGUGGCAACACGGAGGAUUUCAAGAGCGGCAACAUGGACUUUGACUUCAACUUCACGACUCCCGUGGCGGCGUCUGUGAUAGACCACAGUGUCAUCGCCGCCAUCCUCUUCGGGGACCCAACACACAACACCUCGGCCUCUUGGAACAAGGGCACCAGCACCCACGACGGGCUCUUCCCCCGCGAGAACGUCACGGCGUGCAAGGGCUACGCUCCCAAGAUCGAGUCCUACUGCGACACCGGAGACAUCUACUGCGAUCUCGGCAACGACACCACUGUCCACGGGUCCUACUUCAAAAAAUACACCAACGAAGCCGUUGAGUUCAUCGUCGCCCGGUUCAAUGCCACAAAGUCUUCAACCAACAGUACGUCGCCCACGACCACAUCGAGGCCUGUACCGGCAUCUGGAUCCGCUCCCUCCGCCUCCGCAAUGCUUAUGUCCCUGGCCGGUCUGUCAGUGCUUGUGACUCACCUGCUGUGA